CUAAUGAACUGAAAAGACGAAACUACCACCGGGGCAAUUUGGUAAACCCUUCCCCUAUAAAUUGAAACCCUUACCUAGGGUUUUCUCAUUCUUGCUUGCGUUACUCUCGAGAGCAGCCGCUGCAGAGGAGUCUCCACCAGAUCUCAGUUUGUUUGAGCUUUUAGUUUUGCACGAAAGCUGUAAUGGGUAAGGAGAAGGUUCACAUCAAUAUUGUGGUCAUUGGACAUGUCGACUCCGGGAAGUCGACAACCACUGGGCAUCUCAUCUACAAGCUUGGAGGCAUUGACAAGCGUGUGAUUGAGAGGUUUGAGAAGGAAGCUGCUGAAAUGAACAAGAGGUCAUUCAAGUAUGCUUGGGUGCUUGACAAGCUGAAGGCUGAGCGUGAGCGUGGUAUCACCAUCGAUAUUGCUCUCUGGAAGUUUGAGACUACUAAAUACUACUGCACUGUCAUCGAUGCCCCAGGACAUCGUGAUUUCAUUAAGAACAUGAUCACGGGUACAUCCCAGGCUGACUGUGCUGUCCUCAUCAUUGACUCCACCACUGGUGGGUUUGAAGCUGGAAUUUCAAAGGAUGGCCAGACUCGUGAGCAUGCAUUGCUUGCCUUUACCCUCGGAGUCAAACAGAUGAUCUGCUGCUGCAACAAGAUGGAUGCCACCACUCCAAAGUAUUCAAAGGCAAGGUAUGAUGAAAUCGUGAAGGAAGUCUCUUCCUACCUCAAGAAAGUUGGAUACAACCCAGACAAAAUCCCCUUUGUCCCAAUCUCUGGUUUUGAGGGUGACAACAUGAUUGAGAGGUCUACCAACCUCGACUGGUACAAGGGCCCUACCCUCCUUGAUGCCCUGGACUUGAUCUCAGAGCCCAAGCGUCCUACAGACAAGCCACUCAGACUUCCCUUGCAAGAUGUCUACAAAAUUGGUGGCAUUGGAACUGUCCCUGUUGGACGUGUUGAGACUGGAGUCCUCAAACCUGGCAUGGUUGUCACCUUUGGCCCAACUGGUCUCACCACUGAAGUCAAGUCUGUGGAGAUGCAUCAUGAGGCGCUCCAAGAGGCCCUUCCCGGUGACAAUGUUGGCUUUAAUGUCAAGAAUGUCGCUGUCAAGGAUCUGAAGCGUGGGUUUGUUGCCUCCAACUCUAAGGACGACCCAGCUAGGGAGGCUGCCAACUUUACCUCACAAGUUAUCAUCAUGAACCACCCUGGGCAGAUUGGGAAUGGGUAUGCCCCCGUCCUCGAUUGCCACACUUCCCACAUAGCUGUCAAGUUUGGUGAGAUACUGACCAAGAUUGACCGUCGGUCGGGCAAGGAGCUGGAGAAGGAGCCCAAGUUCUUGAAGAAUGGAGAUGCUGGGUUCGUGAAGAUGAUUCCAACCAAGCCGAUGGUGGUGGAGACUUUCUCUGAGUACCCACCUCUCGGUCGGUUUGCCGUCAGGGACAUGAGGCAGACAGUUGCAGUGGGUGUCAUCAAGAGUGUGGAGAAGAAGGAUCCAUCUGGUGCCAAGGUCACCAAGUCUGCUGCAAAGAAGAAGUGAAUCGAGAAGAAAUGUGUGACAGAGGAGUUGGGUGUUGGUAUUGGUCUUAGUAGUUUGUGUUUUUGUUGCUGCAGUUUUGAGUCAAGUAGUGCAGUGUCGAGCGUUUGGAUGCAGAAUUGGGUGCUCGAUCGACGGUGGCAUAGGUAAGUGUGCUUCUCUCCUUUUCCUUGCUUUAAAAGACUCAUAUUUUGGCGUGGAUUUUAUGUUUACUAAACAAAAUCGGAUGAUGACUAUGGAGUUUCUGUUUGAAUCAAGCAAAAAUAAACGUGUUUUGGAUUAUUA